AUGUCAGAGCAUCCCUCCAUCUGCCACUUCCCUUCAGGCAGUGGUGUGUUCAGCCGCGCCUCGCGUUGCCACGGCAACGGUCCAGGCCUUCCGGCGGCGGCCGGAAGCAGGGCGGCGCGCGGCAGCAUGGCGGCGGGGUGGGGGCGCCCGCCGGCCGCCGUUGCCUUGACGCUGCUGCUGUCGCUCGGAGCCUCCGCGCCCGGGCUGCUGCCGGGAGCCCCCGCCGCCUCCUCCGCCGCCUCGCUGCGGCCCGCCGCCCUCCGCGCGGGGGAAGUUCACAGGUUAGUUACCUAUAUCUUUGUCUACGACGACCUGAUAUCCUUGAUCUGCGGUGCCAUUAUCAUCUGGUAUUUUGCGGGCAGCUUUGAGAAGAACGUUGGCACUGUGAAGCACUGUUUCCUCACCGUCGCGUUUGCCGUCCUCUCCGCCCUCCUGUACCUCUUACUCGAGACCAUUGUCUCGAAGGUGUCAGCGGUGGAAGAUGCCAGAGGAUUCAUGCCAGUAGCUUUUGCUAUGUUGGGUGUGUCCACCACCCGCUCACGGAUGAAGAGGACUCUGUUUUUUGGGGUUAGAGUUCCAGUGGUGCUGAUGCCGUGGUUUAUGCUUUGCAUAGCAUGGUUUAUCCCCCGCUCUUCUCUCUUGAGUAACCUGUGUGGGCUUCUAGCUGGGGAAGCCUAUGGUCUUGGCUACUGUUUCUGCUUGGAUUUUCCGGAGUCGGUGGGCACUAAGGUGGACCGGGUGCUCCCUUUCAGUCUGCUAAAGAGGAUACCAGGGCUGAAAUACAUCCCAGGGUCCUUAGCAGAGAGAAGAGCCUCUGAAAGCAGCAAGAUUAACCCUGCGCCAGGCGCCUACCCAACCCAAAGCUACUACUGCUCUUCGCCUCCGGCUGUUCCUGCUUUCCAGAUGCAGCACCCUAAUGCUCUGAGCCAGGGGUUUCAACACAGCUGCGUUCCAGGAUAUGGCCAUGCACUGGGACACGAGGGAUCUCAGCAUGGCCGUGCUGCAGGACACGGCCUCGCUUCUUCCCCCUACCAAGUCAGAGGUGCCUUCGGAGAGUGUUACAUGCAGGCCCAUGCUGGAGCCUCACCUGGACAGUGCUGCCAGCUGGGCACGUUCUCCCCCCCACAGCACGUGUGUCUCACUGAUCCACAGACACCUGCAGGCGUGGGCCCCCUGGCUGGGAUUCAGCAAGCAUCAGGGUAUCCAGCAGCCACGGUGGCUCCUGUUUCAGCUGAAUUUUCGAGAGUGCAGGUGUACUGAUCCUCCAGAAAGCAGCAGGACUCUCAUACUGUGGCAGGACCAUUGUGUGAUGCUCACACAGCAGUGCAUUGCUGGCAUCUUUGCUGUAUCUGGGUGACUAGUGGAAUGGGUUGGUAGCUCCAAUGUAGGUCAUUCCCCUGCCCCCUGGCACAGGCUACUUUAAUUAUAGUUACUUUAUAAUUUUUUUUUUACUUUUUGAUAAUGUAAAAAAUGGGGAUGGGGACUGUAUCACCUCUGUGCGCUUCUCAUCCUUUUGGAGUCUUUUUUCAUUGCUGUAUUUAGCAGCUGCCUUUUUCCACACUGCCACUAGAGUUACAGUGCAUCAGCUCCCCGACUCAAGCUAGGAACCGAAUUGUCAAAACCCUAAUCUGGGGUUUAACUAGGCUGCAGCAAUAAGGACAUGUCCUAUCUAUGCUGAGGCUCUUAGCCUCCUAUCUUGUUUACAGGUGUGGUGUAGCUCGGACCCAAAAGAGGUUGAAAUCAUGGAAACCUUAGUUUAUAACUUAAUAUUUCAGUGGAGGAGGACAGAUGUCUGUUCUGCUAAUGACUUCUCCACUAAGAGUGUGCCUUGAAGGGGCUUGUUAAACCAGGGCUGAGGCAAGAGGGCAGAGUACAGAACACCCUUUUCUGCCUGCCAAAACACAGCUCUAAAAUGCUGAAGGUGCUUCUUAACUGCAGUCUGUGCGUGCAUCAACAUGUUGCCUUCAUUUUCUGAUAGCACUGCACUAGCUCAGCCUGUGUUGCCAGCACUUGUGAAUAAGGCAACCUCAGAUGCAUGCAAAGUAGCGGAAGACUCGUCAGUAGGGGAUUUUGGCCAUUUGUUGAGCAAAUGUAUAUAAAUCCAAGGAGCUGGGAGGGACCUUAACAGUGGGUUAGAAGAAUUAACUGGAAUGUAGCAAUGCCACUGGGGGUGUUCACACUGCUCAGCUUUAGAUGUCUCACCCACCAGUAUUAGCACAAUCUCUCUCUCUCUUUUCUUCAGAGCUGGUGGAAAGGUGUGUGGGAGAGGGGAGUUUUCAGCAAGGGAUUCAGAGCAGGAUGCAGCAUUUGGUGCCUGUGGCAGUAACGAAGGAGUUUGGUCAAGUUGGUGGGACUUGAGCUUUAUUUCCAGCUGUGUAGCUGCUUUACUGUGCCAUGCCCAGGAGGAAUCUUCUGUCUCUGUGUCUGUAAAUCAGCCAGGAUCUCAACUAUUGCUCUUGACUCUUUGCUUAGAGGUAUUUUUGUGCUCAAAAAAAAAAAAAAAAGCUACCUGAGCACAAAGUGCCAUUACUGCUCUUGGAGAUGUUCUUGCAGUGACUAACUUGUCCCCCAGAAACUGCAGUAGUCUUGGGGCUCUUCCAUGCUAUCAGUGAGCCAGGGUCAUAGGCAGCAUUGGCAGCUGCAUGCUCCAAAGCAUGUAUGUAUGUCUUUGUUUUCCCCUUUUCGGUGUCUGAAGAAGCCCCAUGUUGCCGUACAGCUGCUUAUUUCUCCAGCAGCCCUUCUGGGAUGACCGCCACAGUUAACGUGUGGCCUCGCAGGGGCUUGCUUUGGGGGAAGACUGAAGUGAAUGCUGAGGAUUUAGACCUCAGAUGCACGUUAGUAAGAAGCUCUGCUCACAAAGGCAGGCACCCCUGGGCAGGGGCUUUCUGCAGGAGGAUGCAGCAAUUUAGGAACCAGCCUGGAGUUGGCAGCCAGCUCUGUCUCAUCCCUGGUUGUUUCACUCCUCCAUGGGAUCACAAAUGGACUUGACUUCAUGUUCUUGUUUUUCCUGCUGACAGCAAUUGCAUUGUUACAUGUUUAGUGCGGAGCAAAACCAGGAUAAGGUGCUUGUUUGGAACUUAAAAGCAUGUUUUUAAUACCAGGAAAGAAAUGCUAGACAUAACAUUGAAAUGUUGAUACUCCACUCUCAUUAGUGCCUUGAUUUUCUUCCUUGUGAGAUCCUCCUCUGUAAACCUAGGAAUUUUAUCACUGUUUUUUUCCAGAAACGUGCAGAAGCACGAUGAGGACUGGUAGCAAUUGCAAAUGUUGUAUACCUCCAAACUGUAAGCUUGAAACACAAUCUGAAAGACAAA